AUGACACCAUCAUCGACAGGAACAGUACUUGGGGAUGAGGAAUUGAGUAAGUUACCUUCAAAUUCUUCAUACUAUAAUGAAUUCAGGGAGGUAUUUGAUACUUGUGGUUAUAGUGCCACGGAAGCAGUGAAGACUGCACUGCAUGGACAUACGGAGUUGGGGGGUCAUAUGCAGGAGAUAGCUCAUGCACAAUGUUUCGCACAUGCGUGGCAAGGUACAGGCGAUAGGGGGGAUAAGCCAUGCACUUUCUUUUACUAUUGGUUAGGAGACAUAUUAUGGAAAAAUAUAGAUAGUAGCACAGUAUUGGCCCUCAUGAGAAAAAUCUAUGAGGAGUACCGUAAAAAGGCGAAUGAAGAAAGGUGUAAAAUUAUAUACGACAAUAUUAGUGAGGGCGAAUUCAAGCAGAGAAAAUUAGCAUAUGAGUAUUAUAAUAACUACGGAGCUAUAAAGGAACAGCGGGAGCAACGUGGGACCAAAUGCAAUGCAGCAUAUCACACUUACUUAAAGGAACGUGCUGAUGCUUAUAACGCUAUUCGCACAGAUUGUGAAGGGAAGGACACUGAACCGUAUUGUUCCGACUUUAACACUAAGUGGAAAAAGUACAAAGAACCGAAGCCCAGAGGACAGGGAGGGUACGAAGAAAAAGACCUGGAAAUACUGGAAUGUACACCACCACCAAAACCCAAACCAAAUCCCAAUCCAAAUCAAGCUGGUAGUAGUGGUUCUUUUAGUGAUUAUGAUUAUGGUUCUGCUAGCAGUACUGUUGCACCUGCUGCUGUGUCUGCUGCUGGUGGAAUUGCUGCAAUAGGAUUACCUGCCGUUAUGUUCCUUUUAUAUAAGUAUACGAAUUUAUUCUCUGGGUUACGUAACAGUUUUGGUGGAAGCAACAGUAGAAGCAGAAAAAAAAGAUCCAUCAUCAGAAAUGAAUUGAACACCUUAUCAGAGGAUUCUGCUACCGAAUAUGGAACAGAUUAUUCAACAAUAGCUUCAAGCGUAGCUUCAACCGAAGACAAUUCCACCAUAUAUGAUGGGCCAACAUCCAGAGGACGAACAAAUAAUGGUAGAAGACCAGGAAACAGGGGCAGGAAUAUUAGUUAUCAACGUAUGUAA